CUUUUUUUUUCUCCUUUCUCUUCAACAAUGGAGACUGGUAUCACCUGCUAUGCUCAUGGGAUUGUUCUUCCUACGGUCUCCUCUAAGCAUUCCACUGCAUUAGUGUCCCCUCCAUCAAUUUCUCCCUCCUUCACCUCAAGGAGCCUUAAAUCGAGCUCGAUAUUCGGCGAAUCGCUGAGGGUUGUGCCAAGAUCAUCAUUGAAGGUUACAAAGGCAAAGAACACUUCCCUUGUGACAAAAUGUGAAAUUGGAGACAGUCUGGAAGAGUUUCUUACGAAAUCGACAUCAGAUAAAGGAUUGAUUAGUUUGAUGAUGUGCAUGGGAGAAGCAUUGAGAACAAUUGCUUUCAAAGUGAGGACAGCUUCAUGUGGAGGCACUGCUUGUGUCAAUUCCUUUGGAGAUGAGCAGCUUGCUGUUGAUAUGCUCGCCAACAAGCUUCUUUUCGAGGCCUUGACGUACUCGCACUUCUGCAAAUACGCGUGCUCCGAAGAAGUCCCCGAGCUUCAAGACAUGGGAGGCCCUGCUGAAGGAGGAUUCAGUGUCGCUUUCGAUCCGCUCGAUGGUUCUAGCAUCGUCGAUACAAAUUUCACCGUAGGCACCAUCUUUGGGGUCUGGCCGGGUGACAAGUUAACCGGUGUAACGGGACGAGACCAAGUCGCCGCUGCGAUGGGAAUUUUUGGUCCUCGAACCACAUACGUUCUCGCACUUAAGGACGUCCCUGGCACCCAUGAAUUCCUCCUCCUUGAUGAAGGAAAAUGGCAGCAUGUGAAGGACACCUACGAGAUUGGUGAAGGGAAAAUGUUCUCCCCUGGAAACUUGAGAGCGACAUUUGACAACCCUGAAUAUGAUAAGUUGAUCAACUAUUAUGUGAGGGAGAAAUACACACUGAGGUACACCGGUGGAAUGGUGCCUGAUGUCAACCAGAUCAUUGUAAAAGAGAAGGGUAUAUUUACAAAUGUGACCUCACCAUCUGCCAAGGCCAAGCUGAGAUUGUUGUUUGAGGUAGCUCCAUUGGGGUUCUUGAUUGAGAAAGCCGGUGGUUACAGCAGUGACGGUCAACAAUCAGUGCUCGACAAAGUGAUCACGAACCUUGACGAUCGAACUCAAGUUGCGUACGGUUCGAAGAACGAAAUUAUCCGGUUCGAAGAAACCCUAUACGGAUCGUCGAGGCUCAGUGGUGCAGGGGUCCCUGUUGGAGCUACUGCUUAAACAAUAAUGUUUCACUUGUUACCUUUUGCUGACAUCUUAUUUUCCUUGUUCCUUAAUUAUCUCAAAAUUUCUCAAGUAAUUCCCAUAUAGAAGUUCUGGAAAUAGUGGAUGAAAUGAUAUGAAAUGCUUGAAUUACGAUGAAAUUUCGACUUUCGAAUU